AUAUUUUCGGAGUUGAGGUGAAGGAUAUUCGCAUUUCAGAAGGGACGAGGUCGCCGUGCUGAGCACAGCGUUUUCGAAUCGGGAUUCCAGAGGGCAUCUGUGCCAUAGAAAUCUCGGCUGGAAAAAAUGAAUUUAUAUGCACAGCUAUCGGUGAUCUUGAUCGAGUCGUAAAUAAUGGUGGUAAUGGAGACCAGGGCUCUGAUGCUUUUGCUUCUAAGCUUGAUCCUGAUAAAAGGUGCCUACUCGUCGUCUCGUAAUGGUAUCCAAUGCCAUGUAGCGUGCCAAGCAGCUGACGAUAGUUCGUUAUGCGACAGUGAUCAAUACGAAUACUCCACGUGCACAUACCGGACUAACGCGAAUACCGAAGCAUGCAAGAAAGUGAGGAUCGGAAGGGAUACUUUUACACUAACCUGUGCCGAAAACUGUCAAGAAGGCUGUGAUUCUAAUGGCUGUACCGAGUGUUGUUACACUGACUACUGCUUCGACCGGGAUGGAAGAAACGGAACUGCGUCACUGGUGGUCACGUGGGUUGCAAUGGGCGUAACCCUUUUAGCGAGUAUCUUCGUAUCCACAUAUUAGACAGUGAUGACGUGCAAAAAUUGUCUUAAUUGGGAGAAAGCCAUGAAAAAUACUGUGGAAAUGAUUACGGAGUGGGAUGAGAUUCUACUCGUAGACCCUUUAUAAGAAUGAUUUUUAGACCCUUGUAGACCCCCUGAAUAAGAAUGAUUAUUAUAAGGUCACAGUAUUUUGUGUGUAUUUUUUGCCCAUAGAUGUAAAUGUCAUAAAAGCUUUGAAAUUACUAGUAAUAAUGUGAACAAUACUUAAGGCAAUAAUACAGAAGGCUGGUUCUUCAACAGUAAUGUUGAUUCCUAAUCAAGGAUUAGAAUCUACAGAGUGUUUGUUUCUUUUAUUGUUAGACUUGCAAACAUACAUACAUACAUUGAAUUGCCAAUAGUCAUUAAAUAGAGUGAUUGGAGAGAAUGUGUAGAAGACGGAACAAGUAAUACAAGUGGUUGUUUAGUGCUAAAAUGUGAAAUAAAUAUUGUGGAAUGAAUAUGAUGAACAUUUGAAGAAAAAUGAACAAAGAUUCAUUCAUUUUGAAAAGAUUUACUGUUCCUUGUAAAAAUUUGAAUUGUGACUUUUUUAAAAUCAAGUCCCUCUCUCGGUUAUGUUUCUAUUUUUCUCAAAAAAAAGGCAAUCUGAGCACUUAUCGUUUAUUCAUUGGCUAUCAGAAAGCUACAGACGAAGAUUAGAUCUAGGGGGUGUUUCAAAAAGAUUUAAUUAUGACUUGGAGUCGCACUUAAAUGCCUAGCUGCGUGCAGCGUGCGGUAUAAAAGGCAUGACCGCAUUGGUCAGAUCACUCUCGGUCAUAUUCUUAUCUAUGUGAAACA